AUGCUCCUUUCCUUGGUAACCAUAUCCGUAUUUCUCAUUGCGGACAUCUACCUUGGCAAGGAUUUGCUUUCCAGAGACAUUGACGACUCCAACGGAAAUAUCUCCCUUAUGAUUGUUCACAUGCACUGGAUGCCACUCCUUAUCUCCGAACUUGGCAGCUUCUGGGAAUGGAAUCCAUCCGUAAUCAAAACCACGAACAGAAUCCGGAAGAUGGACAAGAAGUUGAAUGGAACCAACAUUCUUGCAGUACUCGUUAUUGAACCACGAGAAGUUGGCAGCAAUCUGGAACAGGAUCUCAUAUAUCAUCUUCAUUCAUCUUCAUUCUUACCUUUCCUCCCUCAUUCCAGACACGUCCCAUAA